AUGGCCGCUCUUCGUGUGGCUGCUCGCCGUCUGCCUGGCCACUCUCGACUCUCUCCCUCGUUUCCAUCAUCUCUGGUCUCAGUGAGUCAGCGUCGGUUUGCGGCAACGGCCAAUGUUGCCCAGGAUGUGAAGCAGCAAGUACAGAAGGAGUCUACCUUGCCCAACCCUGAUCCUGCGCCAGACUCGCUGACGGCCUCGUUUAUCAAUGAGCGUACUCCCUUCAUGGUGCCCACUUAUGUGCGCCCGGCUCCGAUGAUGAUGAAGGGACAAGGCUGUUAUCUGUGGGAUAUGGAGAAUCGACGCUAUUUGGAUUUCACUUCUGGAAUCGCGGUCAACUCUCUGGGUCAUUGCGACCCAGAGGUGGCCCAAAUUGUCGCAGAACAGGCCGAGACAUUGGUUCACGCUUCGAACCUCUAUCACAACCCGUGGACCGGCGCUCUCAGCCAGAUUCUCAUCAAUCUGACCCGCGAGUCCGGCGCAAUGCGUGAUGCCUCCCAAGUUUUCAUCUGCAACUCCGGCACGGAGGCCAAUGAGGCGGCAAUCAAAUUUGCUCGCAAGGUUGGCCGAUCCAUUGACCCCUCCGGUGCCAAGCACGAACUUGUCUCCUUCCACAACUCGUUCCACGGCCGCACGAUGGGUGCACUCUCGGCGACCCCCAACCCGAAGUACCAGACCCCCUUCGCGCCCAUGAUCCCCGGCUUCAAGUACGGCAACUACAACGAUGUUGAGCAGCUACAGACUCUCAUCACCGAAAACACCUGCGGUGUGAUUGUUGAGCCCAUUCAGGGUGAGGGUGGUGUGAAUGUCGCCAAGCCCGAGUUCUUGGUUGCGCUUCGUAAGCGCUGCGACGAGGUCGGCGCUGUGCUGGUCUUCGAUGAGAUUCAAUGUGGUCUCUCUCGCACUGGUAGUUUCUGGGCGCACGGCCACCCAUCUCUUGCCCCGGCCUCUGGGGAAGCUGCGCACCCCGAUAUCUUGACUACCGCCAAGGCUCUGGGUAACGGCAUCCCCAUUGGCGCGACCAUUGUCUCCGGCAAGACCGUCGCAUCCCACAUCAAGACUGGUGACCACGGCACGACUUUUGGGGGUAACCCUCUGGCCUGCCGAGCUGCCUACCACAUCGUCGCCCGUCUCGCAGACUCUGAGCUUCAGCGCGGGGUGGAAGAGAAGUCCGCCGUCUUUACCUCGGGAUUCCAGGCCUUGCGAGAGAAGUUCCCUCAUGCCAUCUCUGAAGUUCGUGGCCGCGGCUUGAUCCUGGGACUGCAGCUGUCUCCCGAAUAUACUGCUAAAGCUGCCGAUAUCAUCACCGCCGCCCGCGAGCGCGGGUUGCUGAUCAUCACUGCCGGGGAGGGAUGCAUUCGUUUUGUCCCUCCGUUGACCAUUACCGAAGAGCAGAUUCAAACGGGCCUGAACAUUCUGGAGCAGGCCAUGGCUUCUGUUGUGUCCGAGGCUUAA